GUCGACUCUGCAGACAGACAGUGAGUCACUACACACACAGGCAGCCAGGCGGACUUCUCCCUGCCUCACCUGCACCGUCCGACUCCCAACGUGCGCACUGCGUCCACACGGCACACGCGAUUACACAGAGGAAGAGGGAGGGCCUGGCUAGACGCAGACGUCAGACGAGCAGAGAGAGGGCGGAAGUAACAUGCGGCUUAGCGGCGCAGUACGGAGCAGGGAGGGCGGAAGCCGGAAGGAAGAACACAGUAUGGAGUAUGCCUGGAGGAGGACUAUAAAACCACUUAGACAUGGAAACGCAAAGGGAGUCUCGGUUCUCCCCAGAUAAGAGGUCGUCGCAGGAUGGGCUAGUGGACUCUGCAGAUGGCAGUCUCGGUGUCUGUGGUUGGAUCAUAUUGAUUCUAUCAGCCUUUUUGGCAGCCGUUACUUUUCCCUUAUCCAUAUGGUUUUGCGUGAAGAUUGUUCAAGAAUACGAGCGUGCAGUUGUAUUUCGCUUGGGUCGCAUUAUUUCAGGAAAAGCAAAAGGGCCAGGUUUGAUGUUGGUGCUGCCCUGCACAGAUACCUUCAUAAGGGUUGACCUCAGAAUUAUCUCCUUUUCAAUUCCACCACAAGAGAUCCUCACCAAGGAUUCCGUGACUACAACUGUGGAUGGCGUUGUUUAUUACAGUGUAGACAGCGCUAUAAAGGCAGUGGCUAAUGUGAGUAAUGUUCAUGUAGCCACGCAGCAGCUUGCGCAGACGACUCUGAGAAACAUCCUGGGAACACAAACCCUUUCCAACAUUCUGUCCAACAGGGAGGAAAUCGCCAACAAUAUUCAGGCGAUCCUGGACAACGCAACUCACAAAUGGGGGGUGAAGGUGGAUCGUGUGGAGAUGAGAGAUGUGCGCCUGCCAGUUCAGAUGCAGAGAGCUAUGGCUGCUGAAGCAGAAGCUACACGAGAGGCUAGAGCAAAGGUUGUGGCUGCUGAGGGUGAAAUGAACGCAUCCCGAGCUCUCAAAGAAGCUUCUCUAGUCUUAUCAGAAUCUCCAGCAGCUCUUCAAUUGCGUUACUUGCAGACACUCAACACAAUUGCAGCAGAGAACAACUCAACAAUUGUCUUCCCUCUCCCUAUUGAGUUGAUGCAAGGAUUGCUUAACAGAAAGUAAAUCACAAAGCUCAUGAACAAACUCAACACUUUACAUACCACAGGCUUCUCCAUUCAGCUAAAUAAGUCUGUUUUCUAGGAAUAAACAUUUCAUUGUGGUUA